AUGUCCGACCAUGUCAUCCCUAGCUCUAUAUCAACAUCUCCACCUCGACCCGCCUCCCCUUCUCCUGAUUCUGUCUUCUCCGUCUGGUGGGAUGGACUGGCAAACUGGUGGAAUCUGAAUACUUCUUCAAGUUCCUAUUCACAGCUACCCCAGGCUUCUGAUCAGCAGUCCCCUGAGCUGGAGUUUGAGACACAGGAUCCAUCUAUUGAGGCAAUGCGGUCAUCCAGAGCCCGCUGGCGGACUUAUUGGCUUGCCGCAGUCCUAUGCUGUGGUGGAGCAUUGUUCGGAUAUGAUUCUGGGGUCAUUGGCGGUGUCCUUACUUUUGACUCGUUUCAACAAUCGUUCGAAUUCACUGCCGAUCAAAAGACCCGGAUCAGUGCCGUUGCGGUUGGUAUUCAGCAAGCUGGUGCAUUGGCUGGCUGCUUUAUAGUGUGGCCAGUGACCAACCGAUGGGGCAGGCGGAUUGCUAUGAUGAUCAGUUCCGUGAUAUUCUGUGUUGGUGUGAUCUUGGAGGUCAUCGACACCCACUCUCUAGCAGCAUUCUACGUUGGACGCGUCAUCUGCGGUCUUGGGGUUGGCGCGUCUGCUACCGUCAUUCCAAUUUACUUGUCCGAGAUGAGCCCCAAGGAGAUUCGUGGUCAACUUGGUAGCUGCUACCAAUUGACUUAUACAAUUGGCAUCUUGGUAUCUUACUGGAUUGACUAUGGCGUAGAGAAAAUGCCGUCCAGUGCCAAACAGUGGCAGCUGCCGAUAGGUUUGCAGCUUGUUCCAGGUGCUAUGAUGGGCCUGGGCAUGUUCACUCUCCACGAGAGCGUGCGCUGGCUCUUAGCACAUGAAAAGACUGCAGAGGCAUGGCAAAGUCUUGUGUGGAUCCGUGCUGGUGAUCAUGCCGCAGUGCGAGAGGAAUUCGAGGACAUGCAGCGUGGCCUUGAAGAGGAACGCCAUGUUACGGCUGGCUUCCACCCACGCGAACUGCUAGAAACGCCUAAUUUGCACCGACUCUUGAUCGGUGGUGGACUCUUUCUGGCGCAGCAGUCGACCGGCUCGACCGCACUUGCCUACUUCGGCCCCCAAAUUUUCUCUCUUGUAGUUGGUCCUGGUGACAAGAAUCUCCUACUGACCGGCAUCUUCGGUGCGGUCAAGGUACUUGCCUGUUUGAUUUUUGUGAUAUUCAUGUCCGACCGCUUCGGACGUCGACCAGUGUUGGCUGGCGGAGCAGCCUUCAUGGCUGUGUGUAUGCUGGCUACUGCUGCCGUUGUCAAGAGUUAUCCACCGCAAGGCGGAGUGAUGUCAUCCGCGGGCAUUGGCACGGUUGCUUUGAUAUAUCUCGAUAUCAUUGCUUACAACUUCAGCUGGGGUCCUCUACCCUGGCCAUGCACCAGCGAGAUUUUCCCCACCCGGAUCCGCGAACCGGGUGUGGCAUUUGGCGUUGGCUCACAAUGGCUGUUUAAUUUUAUUUGGAGCUUCUCCACUCCCUACAUCAUGGCAGGGAUUGGUUGGGCAACCUUCCUCCUAUUUGGUCUGCUGGAUAUCCUCAUUUUGGCCUUCACCUAUUUCUGUCUCAAGGAGACUGCUGGAAAGACUCUGGAGGAGAUCAAUGAGCUUUUUGAUGGUGUCGAUCUUGAUGCUGAGCAAGGAUGGAAGGAUGCGGGGACAAUGGAGAAUACUACCGCAGAGGCUCCUGGGUUUGGAAUUUAUCAGGAUGAGACUGCGUCCGCAAACACCGCCAUGUCUGACCAAGAUAAAAAUGGCACCAGGCACUUUGAGUCAACCGCAGGCCGGGCUUGA